GUGAGAGAGGCAAUAAAAGGGGGCAGCGGCGCAGGUGUCGCGCCGGAGGGCAGGUGCGGGCGGCAGGUCCGGGUCUGCUGGGGAUCGCUGCUCCCGGGGCCUCAUGAAGCCGCAGGAGCCGCCGGAGAGCGGCACAGCCGCUGCCGCCGCGCUGGAGGCGCUGAAACAGCGGGCGUGCGAGAGCGUGGAUCUGAACGCUGCGCGUCUGGGCGCGCUGAGCCGCGACAUCUGGAGCCAUCCGGAGCUGGCGUACGCGGAGCACCAGGCGCACGACGCCCUGACCCGCUUCUUCUCCGGCGGGGACCUGCCCGGCGCCGCCUGGGCCGUGCGGCCGAGCUACAAGCUGGGCACGGCUUUCCGCGCCGACUGGGGCACGGCGGCCCCGCAGGAGCCGCUCCGCCUCGCCUUCCUCUGCGAGUACGACGCGCUGCCCGGGCUCGGGCACGCCUGCGGCCACAACCUGAUCGCCGAGGUGGGCGCCGCCGCCGCGCUGGCGCUGAAGGCCGCGCUGGAGAGCCUGGCGGAGCCCGUGGCCGUGCAGAUCACGGUGCUGGGGACGCCCGCGGAAGAGCAAGGAGGAGGCAAGAUAGACCUGAUCAAGGCUGGGGCGUUCGAUGGCCUGGAUGUGGUUUUCAUGGCGCACCCCUCGCAAGAAAACGCUGCUUACCUGCCCGACGUGGCCGAGCAUGAUGUGACUGUGAAAUACUAUGGAAAAGCUUCUCAUGCUGCUGCUUAUCCUUGGGAAGGAGUUAAUGCAUUAGAUGCUGCUGUUCUUGCGUACAACAAUCUGUCUGUUUUAAGACAGCAAAUGAAACCGACCUGGAGAGUUCAUGGUGUAAUAAAAAAUGGUGGUGUGAAACCUAACAUCAUUCCUUCUUACACUGAACUAGAGUUUUACUUGCGUGCUCCUUCAAGGAAAGAGCUUUCUGUUCUGACAGAGAAGGUUGAAAACUGCUUCAAAUCUGCAGCAGUGGCCACAGGAUGCAAGGUGGAAAUAAAAGGUGGUGAAAAUGAUUACUACAAUGUGCUUCCAAAUAAGAGCCUGCAGAAAAUUUACAAGGAGAAUGGAAAGAAGCUUGGAAUAGAUUUUAUAUCAGAAGAUGCUAUCUUGAAUGGUUUGUCAGGUUCCACAGACUUUGGAAAUGUUACAUUUGUGGUUCCUGGGAUUCAUCCUUAUUUUUAUAUUGGCUCUGAUGCAUUGAAUCAUACUGAGCAGUACACAGAAGCUGCAGGGUCACAGACUGCUCAAUUCUACACCUUGCGCACAGCAAAAGCUUUGGCAAUGACAGCACUGGAUGUCAUUUUCAAGCCAGGUCUGUUAGAAGAAGUCAGACAAGACUUUAGAGAAGUGAAGCUGAAAGAAGAGGAGCAAACAAAUCCAGUAGAACCUAAAAAAGAAUCUGGUGUUGAUGUAGGAGCAUGUGCAUCACACUAAACUUGAUUCAAAUAUUCUCAGUAGGAUUGACUUAAUGGAGAUGCUGUAUUUAAAUCCCAGUAGGGGCUGGAUAAAUACACAGCUGAAGAAAUUAUGUUUAAUUUAAUUUGGACUUUAGAAGAAGUAAAUAGUACUAUUGCUUUCAAAAAUGUGAAAUUUCAUCUAGCUGCAAUGUUUGUUUUCACUAUGGGAUGAUUUUCUUAGAGUGAUCUCAAAUACAUUCUCUUUAAUUUGCAGUGUUGAAUAAAUUCUAGUGUUCAGAUCCCUUGUCAGUGAUUUUCUAUGUAGUGCUAUAGUAAUAUUCCUUUUAAAGGAAGUAUGCAGUUUUUUGUUCUAAAAUAUGCACUUUUCAUUCAGUGUUCAUAUGCUGAAUCUGAUCUGUGAAGCUUUUAUGAAAUUUCUGCUCAGUCAAUUUUCUUGGGACAAGAUGGAGACUUAAAACAGCUAGUUUCACUGAAGAGAAGGGGCUAUGUUUGGAAAUAUACCUGGUUUUGAUAAUAGUAGCUUCUAGCAGUGGAAGAGGACUGUUUGUGUGGGAAUGCAAUUUGUAAAUCUUGAGUGUCCUGAAAUGCAUUGAUUUUCCUCCUAAUGAAUUUUGGAGGAUUUUUUUUUUUUUUUUUAACAGUCUCUAAAUGGUAAACUCUUGAAUUUUACAGCAGCAUACUUUGUUUCAAUGGCAAAUGGUUUUCACAGAUGGAUGUAUGAAACAGAUAAAGGUGGGACUCUGAGCUAUAGAUGUGUCUAGGAUAGUAAGUUGAAUACUAAAUCCAACUGAAAUUUUGUUCUAAGGUUUGUCAAAGGAACUUUGUCCUUAACUGUUAAUUUACAGUCUGCCUUGUCAAUCCUUGGACACAGUUGCAACUCAUUAUGGUCUACAGGGUUAACAGGUUAGUAUAUUGAUUUCCUUAGCGCAUGUGACUUUAUUUCCUCCUGCAAGAAUUGCUUUACUCAUUGCUUUGCUGUUUUUAAGAUAGAGUGUUUGGGUCCCACAUAGUUAGCACAUGCUGUGUUGUUGUGUUUCCUACAAGCUGAUAAGCAUUGAAACCUUCUUAGUUCUCUUUGUCCAGACUUCUUGGCUGGUAUAUCCAAGGUCAGUUAAUUAAACUCUGAACUAAAAGCCUAUCUUCAUUUUGUUGUAAUCAUUGCUGGAAUUAAAAUGGAAUUGAAGUACUGAUUAAAGAUGAGUUGAUAUUAAUAAAGGAAUUUAAUUGUGAUUGAA